GUCCUUUAAAUCUUGUUAUCUCAGUCUCUUUGCCUCCCACCAGUUGCCAUGGCUUCUGAAGCUCAGCAGCUUCACUUUGUCUUGUUUCCAUUGAUGGCCCAAGGCCACAUGAUUCCAAUGAUGGACAUUGCCAAAUUGCUGGCGCAGCGUGGUGUGGUUGUCACCGUAGUCACCACAACACAUAAUGCUGCCCGUUUCGAACAAAGCAUUGCUCGUGCAAUUCAGUCUGGUCUACAAAUCCAAGUUAUCCCACUUCAUCUUCCAUGUGAAGAAGCAGGAAUACCAGAAGGGUGCGACAAUCUCGACAAGCUUCCUUCACUACAAUUAGCCAUGAAUUUCUUCACUUCAACUACCAUGCUACAAAAGCCGGUGGAGAAUUUGUUUGAGAAGAUGGCACCACGACCAAGCUGCAUAAUCUCCGACAUGUGCUUGCCGUGGACAGCUGAUGUUGCUCGCAAGUUUCACAUCCCAAGAUUUUCAUUCCUCGGAGUAGGCUGCUUCUGUCUCUUGUGCUGGCACAGUUUACGUGGUCACAAACCUCACGAGGCCAUAUCCUCGGAGUCUGAAUACUUUGUCCUGCCCGGCUUGCCUGAUCAUAUUGAAUUCACCAAAUCGCAACUAGCUUUAUCGGCCGAUCCAGAAAUAGAAAAAUUUGGCAACCAAACGGUAGAAGCUGACCUUGCCUCAUACGGGGUUCUGGUUAAUACUUUCCAGGAGUUGGAGCCAGAGUAUGUCAAAGAAUAUAGGAAGGCGAGAGAAGAUAAAGUCUGGUGUAUUGGCCCUGUUUCGCUUUGUAACGUGGACAAUUUAGAUAAGGCUGAGAGAGGUAACAAAGCCUCCAUUGAAGAAAACGAAUGCUUGAAGUGGCUUGAUGCUCGGGAACCCUGCUCUGUUCUCUAUGCCUGCCUUGGAAGCCUGUGUAAUCUUAUAACUUCACAGUUGAUAGAGCUGGGAUUGGGCUUAGAAGCGUCAAAGAAACCAUUCAUUUGGGUCAUAAGGGGAUCAGCAAAAAGCUCACAAGAAUUGGAAAAGUGGAUUUCAGAAGACAGAUUUGAAGAAAGGAUCAAAGGGAGAGGCCUUUUGAUUCGGGGUUGGGCUCCACAAUUGCUCAUAUUAUCUCAUCCUUCAGUUGGAGGGUUCUUAACGCAUUGCGGCUGGAAUUCAACCAUUGAAGCAAUAUGUGCCGGGGUGCCGAUGCUGACAUGGCCGCUCUUUGGAGACCAGUUUAUGAAUGAGAAAUUAGUAGUACAGGUGCGAAAAAUUGGUGUGAGAGUUGGGGUGGAGGAUACUGUAAAGUGGGGUGAGGAGGAGAAGACUGGGGUGUUGGUGGAGAAGGAAAAUGUUAAGGCGGCCAUAGACAUGCUAAUGGAUGAAGGAGAGGAAAGAGAAGAGAGGAGGAAAAGAGCAAGAGAGCUCGGGGAGAUGGCAAAGAGUGCAGUUGAAGAUGGGGGAUCUUCUCACAAAGACAUGACACUGCUGAUUCAAGAAAUUAUGCGACAAGCAAGUUGUGAAGAAAUCAACCCUAACAGACGUAUAUUAGAGAUAGAGAGUUGUUUCUCUUGAUUUCAUAUCAAAGUUGGCUUCGUUCAGUGUUAGAAUAUGGAAACUUUCCAGCUCUUGCUUUGUCUUGUCUUGGUUUGUGUCUUCGCAGCAGCAGCCCACGUCCUCUAUCUUCCACCGUGUUUACUGUAAUUUUUGGGAUCGAGUUUUGUUUCAAUUUUUCCGUUCUAGAUUUGUGCUCUUUCCCCGACCUCUACAUGACACGCUCCUCACCACCGGCUUCCUCGGCGUCUCCGUCAUCUACCGCCAGUCUCCGUUCAUUCCACCGCCUUUCGCAGGGCCGUGCGUGGUGCUCACGCUCCAGAGGGUUUUCUGCUCUCUUCGGCGCGUGGCUGCCAUGUUCGGCCUCCCCGCUUUCAACCGCCUCCUCCACCGGUGUUUCAUGGCUUCGCCGGCGUUUCUGGCCGCUGAGAGGCUCUCCCUUCGCGGCGCGUGUUUCUCACGCGCCGUCAGGGACAGCUCCCAUUCUGCCUUCUGUUUCUGCUCUUCUGUUGUGUUUGUUUUUAUUUUCUUGUUUUUUUGGGCUUACUUGUUCUACUUUUCUCAUGUUUACCCCUGUAAUCGAGGUGUUUGGGUCCUUGUGACUCAAUACACUCUUCAAAUCACCUUUACUGGUGACCCAGGCUUUGUGGCAUCCGUGCCUCAAGCCAAAGGGCUCGCAUCUUCGGAAGCAUUGCCCCCGCGUACUUUUAUUCUUAGCUUUGUUUUUGGGUUGCCCAGCCCAAUCGUGUUUUAUUUUGUAUUUUUCUUUUUUAUGUAAUCUGUUUAGCAAGUAUCUAUAAAAAAAAUAAAAAUAAAAAAUAAAAAAUAAAAAAAAAUGGAAACUUUCCAUAUUUAGGUUCGAUUUGAUUUCCAUUUAGCUUUGAUUGUAAUAAAAUCUUAGAGAUUUGAGUAUUAUUCUUGUAUUGAUUAAUCUCUCUACCAAACCGCCAUGGUUUCCCUAUAAAUCGAUCGAGGUUAUUUGUAUUGUAAAAAUUAUUAUAGCCUUCCUGGCAAUUCUUAAGGGUAGAUGUAGAUGUCUAGCUAGUUAAUGCUGAACCAUCUCAAAAUUUUCUUGUCA